CACAUUUAUUCAGUGCAAAACAAAAGUACCUAACCCUCUCUCUCUCUCUCUCUUCAGACCCACUAGUCUUUCUCAAAACCAAUGUGACAUCCAAACACACCAGUAUACCACGGUGACUCUGAGCGAGUGAACGCUGCUCAACCAACAUGCUCUGCUGCCUUCCCUUCUUUUUUGGAUUUGCGGUUUUUCUUGGAAUGCACUUCCCUUCAUUAAUGGCUGAUUGCCCUUUGGAUUUUUCCGCUUCAAACUUUACACUGGCUUCCUCUCUAUGUUCUAACCAAGGUGAUAGGGGAAACUGUUGCCGCUACAUUAAUGCUAAUGUUGCAAUUUCUGUUGCUCGUUUCGCUAAUUCAACGAGCAUCCUGGGGGUCCCUCCAAAUGACUCUGUUUCCUGUCUCCAAACUAUAUCUGAUAAGUUGCAACUUAAUGGAGUUCCACAAAAUGCAACAGCUUUCUGUGGUUUUGGGACCAAAAUUCCUGUUAAUUAUGAAUGUAAGGGACGGACUAGUGUCAUGCAAAUGCUGCAAUCUCCUAGAUUCGCGGAGGUCACAAAAAAUUGCAAAGUGUCACUUGGAGAGGAAAGAAAAUGUAGGAAGUGCUUAAAUGCAGGCUUUGGUUAUCUGCAUCAUUUGGGAAUUAAUGAUAAUAUAACACUCAGUACUUGUCGUGAUGCAACUUUUGCUGCACUUGCAAGCCAACUUGAUCACCAAUCUACAACUGACAUUGCAAGCUGUUUCUUUGGUGUUCAAGGACUUCUUGGGCCUCCUGUUUCAGUGUCAUCGUCCCCAUCCUUGCCGAGUCCCGAGGCUUCUCCAAGUCCAGUGGUUGCUGAUAGUCCAAGCCAACUAUUGUUAGGUGCACCUUUUAAGGGAAACCACCAUACAUAUCACUUGACAUUAGUUCCAGGUAUUGCUAUUGCCGUCACCGCUGUUGCUGUUGGGAUGCUCAUAGUCUUGAUAGUUCUAAUUCGUAAAAAAAGCAGAGAGCUAGAUGAUCCUGAUGAUUUCGGAAAAACUUCUUCAAAAACCAUGCCUCCUUUUGCAACAUGGAAGUUUCAGGAAGGUUCUUCAACUAUGUUCCGAAAAUUUAGCUACAAGGAGAUAAAGAAGGCAACAGAGGAUUUUAGCACCGUCAUCGGGCAAGGGGGAUUUGGAACAGUGUAUAAAGCUCAUUUUAGUGAUGGCCUGGUGGCAGCAGUGAAGCGCAUGAACAGAGUGUCAGAGCAGGGAGAGGAUGAGUUCUGCCGAGAAAUCGAACUUCUUGCACGGCUGCACCAUCGGCAUCUUGUUUCUUUAAGAGGCUUCUGCAUAAAAAAACACGAGCGGUUUCUGAUGUAUGAGUACAUGGGAAAUGGAAGCUUGAAAGAUCAUCUUCAUUCUCCUGGUAGAACACCGCUAAGUUGGCGAACUAGAAUCCAAAUUGCGAUUGGCGUAGCUAAUGCAUUGGAGUACCUUCAUUUAUAUUGUGAUCCUCCUCUGUGCCAUAGAGACAUUAAGUCUAGCAACACUUUGCUGGAUGAGAAUUUUGUUGCUAAGAUAGCCGAUUUUGGCCUUGCACAGGCAUCAAAAAAUGGUUCGAUAUGCUUUGAACCUCUAAACACUGAAAUCCGAGGAACUCCAGGUUAUAUGGAUCCAGAAUAUGUUGUUACUCAAGAGCUCACCGAGAAAAGCGAUAUCUACAGUUUUGGGGUGUUACUACUAGAAAUCGUGACAGGAAGGCGAGCUAUUCAGGAUAAUAAGAACUUGGUGGAAUGGGCGCAACCGUAUAUGGAAUCCGAAACCAGAUUAUUGGAGCUAGUAGAUCCCAACGCGAGGGAGUCUUUUGACUUGGAUCAACUCCAUACAUUAGUGUCUAUAGUAGGAUGGUGCACCCAGAGAGAAGGAAGGGCAAGGCCUUCAAUAAAACAGGUUCUUCGGCUUCUUUAUGAGACGUCAGAACCGAUGCACAGUGGUUUCCUACAAUCCGGCGAUGAUGAAGACUGUCAGGGAAGUCAGCAGAGAGGCAGAAGAAGCAAGGGGAAAAUGCACCGGAAUGAAGCUAUUUUCAACAGCGGCGAUGGAAGAUACCUCGCCUCGUCCUCAAGCACGUCUCGAUCGUAUUGCAGUAGGACCUUUUUACUCGAGAGUGGCUCUCCGCAGUCGCCGCCAAAUAUUUUCUCAGUUUAAGAAAAAAUCAUCAGGGCUCUUCAUCAUGUUGACAGGAAUUUCUCAUUUUUACUUCACACUAACUUCAAAUGUUUGGAUUUGUUAGUUCCAAGGGUCCAUGUAUAAAAUCUUUGGAGAUGAGGAAUAUAGUACUUUCAAGGUUACCAUAAAUAUAUGAUGCUUGUUAAUUCUUUCUUUGAUGACCUGUUGUGAAUCUUAUAAUUUAUGAUAGAAUUCAAUCUACAACUUGAAAAAUAAACUACUUGAA